ACACACACACUUAUAAUAAAAGCCUCACCUUCACAUUCUCUCCCCAUCAUCUCUCACUUUCUCAUCUCCUUCUUCAUUGGCCGUGGCCUCAAACCCCAUGGCUUCCGGCUUUUACACUGGCUCCCAUGCCCGGGACGAACUCCAUGUCCUCGACAAGCAUGAUCCUCCUGCUCGGCAGUCUCGGGUGUCAAAAGAGUGCCGGGUGUGCGGAGACAAGAUAGGGUUGCGGGAGGACGGGGAGCUGUUUGUGGCUUGCCUUGUGUGCGGGUUCCCGGUUUGUCGUCCUUGCUAUGACUAUGAGAGGAGCGAGGGGACCCAGUGUUGCCCCCAGUGCAACACCCGCUAUAAGCGCCACAAAGGUUGUCCGAGAGUUGCAGGGGAUGACGAGGAUGAUGAUGAUGACGAUUUUGAGGAUGAAUUUCAGAUCAAGAAACAUGCUACUGAUGUCGCUGAUCACAACAAAUAUGAUUCCAACCACUCGGAAAAUGGGGAUCAUCACCAACAGCAAGUCCAUCCCAGUGGUGUUGCAGUUUCCUACGCUGGAAGCGUCGCCCAGAUGGAGAUGGAAGGAGACCAGAAGGAAGUACUCGGGAACGCAGAAUGGAAAGAGAGGCUCGAGAAGUGGAAGAUCAAACAGGAGAAGAGAGGCUUAGUGAGCAAGGACGAUGGAAAUAAGGAUGACGGCGAGGACGAUGACUUCCUGCUCGCCGAAGCGAGGCAGCCCUUGUGGAGAAAAGUUCCAGUCUCAUCGAGCCAAAUUAGUCCUUACCGAAUUGUGAUCGUGCUAAGGCUCAUUGUGUUAGCUUUCUUCCUUCGGUUCCGAAUCCUGACCCCAGCAUGGGAUGCGUUCCCUCUGUGGCUCAUAUCAGUCAUAUGCGAGGUGUGGUUCGCACUCUCAUGGAUCCUGGAUCAGUUCCCCAAGUGGCAGCCCAUCAACCGCGAGACCUACCUGGAUCGGCUCUCAAUCCGGUUCGAGCGGGAGGGUGAGCCGAACCGGCUAGCCCCGGUCGACUUUUUUGUGAGCACAGUCGACCCCCUCAAGGAGCCGCCGAUCAUAACAGCCAACACAGUGCUGUCAAUCUUAGCAGUGGACUAUCCAGUGGACAAGGUGAGCUGCUAUGUGUCGGAUGAUGGGGCCUCGAUGCUACUGUUCGAUACGCUUGCAGAGACAGCAGAGUUUGCGAGACAGUGGGUCCCAUUCUGCAAGAAGUACUCAAUCGAGCCGCGUACCCCUGAGUUUUACUUCUCACAGAAGAUUGAUUACUUGAAAGACAAGGUACAGCCUACCUUUGUGAAGGAGCGCCGGGCAAUGAAGAGAGAGUACGAAGAGUUCAAGGUGAGGAUCAAUGCACUUGUGGCAAAGGCCCAGAAGAAACCCGAGGAAGGUUGGGUGAUGCAGGAUGGUACCCCUUGGCCCGGAAACAAUACUCGAGACCACCCUGGCAUGAUUCAGGUUUACCUAGGAAGUGAGGGUGCUCUUGAUGUUGAAGGUAAGGAAUUGCCUCGACUCAUUUAUGUCUCCCGUGAGAAGCGCCCAGGCUAUCAACACCACAAGAAGGCUGGUGCCAUGAAUGCUCUCGUUCGAGUUUCUGCAGUGCUAACCAAUGCGCCAUUUCUACUGAACGUGGACUGUGAUCAUUACAUCAACAACAGCAAGGCUGUUAGGGAAGCCAUGUGCUUCCUAAUGGACCCGCAGCUCGGGAAGAAGCUCUGUUAUGUGCAGUUUCCUCAACGGUUCGAUGGUAUUGAUCGGCACGAUAGAUAUGCUAAUCGCAACAUAGUUUUCUUCGAUAUCAACAUGAGAGGGCUCGAUGGGAUUCAAGGACCGGUGUAUGUUGGGACUGGAUGUGUCUUCAACAGACAGGCCUUGUAUGGGUACGACCCACCCGUUUCCGAGAAGCGGCCAAAGAUGACGUGUGACUGCUGGCCCUCAUGGUGCUGCUGCUGCUGCGGUGGUUCGAGGAAGAAGUCAAAGAAGAAGUCAGAGAAGGGACUGCUGAGUUCAGUGUUCUACCCCAAGAAGAAGAAAAUGAUGGGAAAGAACUACCUAAGGAAGAAAGGAUCAGGACCUGUUUUUGAUCUUGAAGAGAUCGAAGAAGGUUUCGAGGGCUACGAUGAGUUGGAGAAGUCAUCACUCAUGUCUCAGAAGAACUUUGAGAAGCGCUUCGGGCAGUCGCCGGUUUUCAUCGCAUCCACUCUCAUGGAAGAUGGUGGCCUACCAGAAGGAAAUAAUUCCACUUCCCUCAUAAAGGAAGCUAUUCAUGUCAUAAGUUGUGGCUACGAGGAGAAAACCGAAUGGGGAAAGGAGAUUGGGUGGAUCUACGGUUCUGUCACGGAAGAUAUCUUGACUGGCUUUAAGAUGCACUGCAGAGGAUGGAAGUCCAUAUACUGCAUGCCUAAGAGGCCGGCUUUCAAGGGAUCAGCACCAAUCAAUCUGUCUGAUCGGCUGCACCAAGUCCUGAGGUGGGCUCUCGGCUCGGUCGAAAUUUUCUUCAGCCGUCACUGCCCAUUAUGGUAUGGUUUUGCAGGAAAGCUAAAGUAUCUUGAGAGGCUGGCCUACAUCAACACUAUAGUCUACCCUUUCACUUCCAUUCCCCUGCUUGCUUAUUGCACCAUUCCCGCUGUUUGUCUUCUUACCGGAAAAUUUAUCAUUCCCACGCUCACCAACCUAGCCAGCGUAUGGUUCCUAGCCCUCUUCCUGUCCAUCAUUGCCACUGGCAUCCUCGAGCUCCGGUGGAGCGGGGUCAGCAUCGAGGACUGGUGGAGGAAUGAGCAGUUCUGGGUCAUAGGAGGUGUCUCUGCUCACCUCUUUGCAGUCUUCCAGGGUCUCCUCAAGGUGCUUGCCGGGAUAGACACCAACUUCACUGUCACCUCCAAGGCUGCUGAUGAUGCAGAGUUUGGUGAGCUCUACCUCUUCAAGUGGACCACUCUCCUCAUCCCUCCCACCACCCUCAUCAUUCUCAACAUGGUUGGGGUUGUGGCGGGGGUGUCUGAUGCAAUCAACAACGGAUAUGGCUCUUGGGGCCCACUCUUCGGGAAGCUGUUUUUCGCCUUCUGGGUCAUUGUCCAUCUCUACCCCUUCCUCAAGGGUCUUAUGGGAAGGCAGAACAGGACCCCGACUAUCGUCGUGCUGUGGUCGAUACUUCUCGCCUCAAUCUUCUCACUGGUUUGGGUUAGGAUUGACCCCUUCUUGCCCAAGCAGACUGGCCCAGUCCUUAAACCGUGCGGGGUGGAAUGCUGAUCUGCUCUCGGAUCAUACACCAAUUGGGAGUACUUUUGGAUCCAUGCUGUUUUACGAUUGUGUGCAGAAAAUUUUUUCGCCUGUUCGAAGGGGAAAUGGCCGAGCAGUGAGCCACAUUCACCCGUAUAUUUACAUAGGAAAAGCACAUUUCUUAUCUGUGCUGUGUGUGUCUCAGAACAAAUUUUCAGCAAGUUACUCCACAUUCUGCCCAAACAUAAAUUUCACUACAAAUUCUUUAAAA